AUGGCGGAAUUGGGAGGUCCACGUGUAGCGGAUGCUGACGUGGACAUGGUAGACAAUGUCCAGGUGGAUCAGUCAAACAUGCAGGGCGACGCGGACGCGUCGCUAUCCAACGGUCACGAUCCCGAGAUCGUGAAAUCUGAGGAGGAUAAGAAGGCAUACCGGAUGGUGACGCUCCCCAAUGGGUUAAUUACCCUGUUAAUCUACGACCCUGAGAUUGCUGCGUCAGGAGAGGAUGAUGAGGACGAUGAUGAAGAGGAGGAUGAAGAGGAUGAGAUCGAGAGUGAGGAGAGUGAUGAGGAAAUGAGUGUGGUUGAGGCUGGGGGAAGCGGAGAUGGGGCAAAAAGCAGCGGAAAGGGGAAGGGGGGGAAGGGGGAAAAAGGGGGUAAGGGUGGGAAGUCUAAGGGCCGGAAAGGUGCUAGUAAAGGGGGGAAGGGAGGUGAUGAUAACGAGGGUGAGGAUAGCGAUUGGGAAACAGCGAGUGAGGAGGAGGAAGUUGAGGGGGGGGAAGCGGACAAUGGCGGAACAGAGGAGGAAAGGGCAAAGGUGGUCGGAGGAAAGGGGGAUGGUAAGGGUAAGGGAGGCAAGGUGGCGGCAGUAGGGAGUGAGACGACGGGCGGGGAGGGGAAGGUUGGGGGAAAGCGGAAGAAAGUGGGGGGGAUUAGGCUGGGUGGCGGUGGUUUGGGGCGGAAGGGGAAGGCUGGGGAGAGGGGUACAGGGAAAGGGGCGGUGGGAGGAGGGGCGGACGAGGGGGAGGAGGGUCGUGAAGAGGAGGAGAUGGAGAGUGGAGAGGAGGAGGAAUAUGAGGAUGGUGAAGAGGAAGACGAGGAUGAUUCUGAUGAGGAGGAGGAUGAGGAGGAUGAGGAUGAUGAUGAUGAUCAACCAGGAGCAGCAAAGAAGGUGCCAAUUCUUCCUAUUCCCCAUCUUUCCCUCCUCCCCACACACGUCUUCCCUCACACCGUCCCUCCCCUCCUCCUUCUCUGCCUCUCUGCCUCUUCCUCUCUGCCUGCGCCUCUCUUUAGUCCUCCUUCUUAA